AUGACAGUCUACUCAUUCUACAUCUUUGACCGGCACAUCGCACGAACAGCCGAGUGUGUUUAUGCCAAAUCAUGGGCCCCCGCCGACCGCAAUUCGGCCGCAUCGAUUCCCGCCCCUGGCGGCGCUUCGCGAGCCUCGGACGACGCAAAGCUCAUCUUCGGCACCAUCUUCUCGCUUCGUAACAUGGUUCGGAAGCUCGGCGGCGAAGAUGACACCUUUAUCAACUACCGCACAGCCGAUUACAAGCUUCACUUUUACGAGACUCCUGCCAACCUUCGCUUCGUCCUCAUCACCGACACCGACACCUUGAGCAUGCGUAACGUCCUGCACCAAAUAUACAUAAACCUCUGGGUCGAAUACGUUGUUAAAAACCCCCUCGCCCCCGUUGAACAUAAAGCAGGUGCUGGUGUCGGGAACGAGUUAUUUGAACUCGGUCUCGACCAGUUCAUCCGUGGUCUUAUGUGA